CGUAGAAAAAGGUUCGUCAUCGUCGCGGUGAUCGGGGCUCGGUCCAUAUCGCUGGUCGCGCCCUCCUCGGCCCUCUGCUCUCCAGGAUGGGGACUUUACGAGACACCCUCAGCACCCGAAGGGUGCCCGCCUACUGCUGCCACAUUGGGGGCUGCGAUCGGGUGUUCGACUCCCUGCCGGGCUACGUGCGUCACUACCAGACGCUGCACCAGAACGCGUGCUCCUUCUGCCGCCGCUCGUUCCCCUCGGACCAGCUGCUGGACAUCCACCUCCUGGAGCGCCACGGCACCGUGCCGUCUUCGCCCACUCGGGCGGCGGCAGCGCGCGAGCGUCGCCCCAUCCCCUUCUACUACCAGUGCCCUGUGUGGGGCUGCACUGACAAGUUCAUGAGCCCCGAGGAGCAGACGGACCAUCUGAUCCGCAUCCACCACUACCCGGCACAUCUCUGGUUCGAUUCGCCCCCGGACCACCAGAGUUCCGGCCAGCAGGGCUCGGCAUCCUCGGCUUCGGCCUCCGCGGGGUCCGCCGCAGGGGCUUCUGCUAAGGAAUCGGCCUCGGCUUCUGUGGCAUCCGCUGCCUCUGCAUCGGCUUCUCUAGCCUCGGCCUGCCAGGUCUCUGGGCAGGGAGGAGGAGCAGCCAUAGGGGAGAUCAUCCAGGACCCGGAGGAGGCCAUGGACCAGACCGUGGAGGAGACCGAGGAGGAGGAGGAGCCCGUGGACGAUGCCGAGGAAGAGGCCGACGAGGAGCCCAUGGGGGAGGAUAUGGGGGAGGACGAGGAGGACGAAGAUCCUCCCGAGUCAGAGGCUGGCAGUGAUCCCGAGACUCCUGACGAGGACAUCUGCAGCCUCAGAGGCCCUACAAUCGCCUUUGGCCCAGGUGCGGCUCUGGGUGUGGCUGGAGGAUAUGAUGAUAGUGCAGAGGAGGAGGAGGAGGAGGAGGAGGAAAGUUCCGAGGACCACUGAGCACCUGCUGGGCUGGGCUGCCACCAGGGGCCGUGAAGCAGGACCCCUCCCCCCCACCCAGAAGCAUGUUUUCUGGGCUUUAGAGCAGCCCCCGAGGUGCGCCACCACACAGCGAUCGGCCUGGGGGUGCUGCUUCCUUGGUGAGCCCCUAAUCAAAUCAGGGGCCGGCCAAGCACCUCUUGGACCAGGCUGAGUCCAGCCCAGGCCUCUUCCCCUCUCCCUCCUUGCUCACUCCUCCAGCUGGAGGACCCCUCGUCUGUCUGUGUGUUUGUCUUGUUGUCUGUGAAGCACAGGCCCCUGGUGUGCCCACCAGGAAUCCCAGGAGGACGCUCAAGUCUAUCGCCCAGAACAGCCAUGCCUGCUCUGGGCCAUCUUGAGGUACCUUCUAGGGUCUGCCCCCUUACCCUGUGAACCUAAAUAAAGUCUGUGUAAGCAACCCCA